AUGCAUAUUGUCCAAUUUAUACUCUUCGCUGUGCCCCCGUUGGCCUUAGCUGUGAACCUACCACACUCUGUGGGUUUCCCUUGCGAUGGAAGUGACCUAACCCACGACAAUCACGCCAAAGCUUGCCUGCGAGAGCCAUAUUGUCCAGGCCGUGAAGUGGACGAGAGUCUUCAACAAGAAAUAUUCACGCUUUUCCUCGAAACACUGUAUGGCGAGAAGAAUGUCAGCAAGGCCUUCGAAACUUACGUCGAUCCUAACAUCAUCGAACACGACCCAGAAGAUGCACAAGACCGUGACGCCAUUGUUGCAAGAUUGUCACAAAUCAUUCCUUUCGCAAAUCUCACUCUUCUGUUAUCAAACUUUAACAACAAUACCGGCUUGGCGUACGUGAAAGUGAAUGAAGAUCCAGAGCCAGCCGCCCUCGCAGAUAUUUAUCGCAUGGACGGGACUUGUAUUGUUGAACAUUGGGAUGUUAUCCAGUACAGGCCAGAGAACUCCACGAACCCAGUUGCCAUGUUCUGA